GGCGGGGCGCACCUGGGCUCCGCCCCGGGGCGGGGUCGACGCAGCGUCGCCAGCGCGAUCGGCCGCACCUGGUUCAGCGGCAGCGUUAGCAGCAGCAGCAGCAGCAGCAGCAGCAGCCGCCGCGGCAGCGGGGACCGUGGUGGUGACGGCCCCGCAGCAGCGCAGCCCAGCCCAUCCGAGCGCGCCGAUUAGGGCGGCUGUAGCCCCGGCGUCGCCAUGGUGGAAGCGGCGCCCGCGGGGUCUGGGCCACUGCGGAGGACUUUCCUGGUCCCCGAGAUCAAGUCAUUGGACCAGUACGAUUUCUCUCGGGCCAAGGCGGCGGCGAGUCUGGCGUGGGUGCUGCGGGCCGCAUUCGGGGGAGCAGAGCAUGUGCCCCCGGAGCUGUGGGAACCUUUCUACACAGACCAGUACGCACAGGAGCACGUGAAGCCCCCGGUGACGCGUCUGCUGCUCUCUGCGGAGCUCUACUGCCGGGCCUGGCACCAGGCCCUGCCACAGCUUGAGCCGCCCCCCAGCCCCUCUGCGCUGCUGGCCUUGCUGGCGAGGAGGGGCACAGUGCCCUCCCUGCCUGAGCACCCCGUGCGGGAGGCUGACCUGAGACACCAGCCAAUUCUCAUGGGUGCCCACCUGGCUGUCAUUGAUGCCCUCAUGGUUGCCUUCUCCUUUGAGUGGACAAAGACACUGCCCGGUCCCUUGGCUCUGAGCAGCUUGGAGCACAAACUCCUUUUCUGGGUAGACACUACCGUUCGGCGGCUGCAGGAAAAGACAGAGCAAGAAGCAGCCCAGCGUGCAUCUCCUGCAGCUCCUUUGGACGGGGCUGCUCCUGCCCAGCCCUCGUGCCCCACACGCUGGUACUGGAAGCUGGUUCCUCACGCAAUUGCCUUCUGUUUGAAGGAGUCGGGGAACAAACCCCCUAUGAUUCGAUACCGCAAGGACCGUGCCAUCGCCCGACGGGCCCCCUGCUUUCCAAAUGUGACCACCCUUCAGGACCUGGCCAGUGGGGCAGCACUGGCUGCCACCAUCCACUGCUACUGUCCCCAGCUAUUACGGCUUGAGGAGGUGUGCCUCAAGGACCCCAUGUCUGUGGCAGACAGCCUGUACAACCUCCAGCUGGUGCAAGAUUUCUGUGCCUCCCACCUUCCUCGCGGCUGCCCCCUGUCCCUUGAGGACUUGUUGUAUGUCCCACCACCCCUCAAGGUCAAUCUGGUGGUGCUGUUGGCUGAGCUGUAUAUGUGCUUUGAAGUUCUGAAGCCUGAUUUUGUGCAGGUCAAAGACUUACCUGAUGGACAUGCUAUCUCCCCGCGGGGUACUGAGACUUUACCAUCUCAGAACAACAGCGGUAGCAGUUCUCCUGUGUUCAACUUCCGUCACCCGCUACUAUCACCUGGUGGCCCCCAGUCCCCGCUCCGAGGAUCCACAGGCUCCCUGAAGUCAUCUCCGUCCAUGUCCCACAUGGAGGCUCUUGGCAAGGCCUGGAACCGCCAACUUAGCCGUCCCCUCUCCCAGGCUGUGUCGUUCAGCACUCCCUUUGGCCUGGACAGCGAUGUGGACGUGGUCAUGGGAGAUCCUGUCCUGCUCCGCUCCGUCAGUUCAGACAGUCUGGGUCCUCCACGUCCUGUGUCGUCAUCGUCCCGGAAUCCUGCUCAGCCAACCCCAGAAUCUGGAGACCUCCCUACAAUUGAAGAGGCCCUGCAGAUCAUCCACAGUGCUGAGCCCCGGCUGCUCCCUGAUGGGGCUGCCGAUGGCAGCUUCUACCUCCAUUCUCCUGAGGGUCUCUCCAAACCACCGCUGGCCUCUCCCUACCCUCCUGAAGGAUCCUCAAAGCCACUGUCUGAUGGGCUCAACAAAGCACCCAUCUAUAUAUCCCACCCUGAGACCCCUUCAAAGCCAUCCCCCUGCCCAGCAGGGGAGGUAUUGAAACCACCACCCCCAUCUGAGGGGUCCCCAAAAGCUGUGGCUUCAUCCCCAGCAGCCAACAACUCAGAAGUAAAGAUGACCAGUUUUGCUGAACGCAAGAAACAGCUGGUGAAGGCUGAGGCCGAAUCGGGAAUGGGGUCUCCAACAUCCACUCCUGCCGCACCUGAGGCCUUGAGCUCAGAGAUGAGCGAGCUGGGAGCCCGGCUGGAGGAGAAGCGCCGAGCCAUAGAGGCUCAGAAGCGACGUAUUGAGGCCAUCUUUGCCAAGCACAGGCAGAGACUGGGCAAGAGUGCUUUCCUGCAGGUGCAGCCUCGGGAGGCUGCAGGGGAGGCUGAGGAGGAGGCUGAGCUGGGCUCAGUUCCUGGUGGGGAACGACCAGCAGGUGAGGGCCAGGGUGAGCCAUCCUCACGGCCUAAGUCAGUCACCUUCUCUCCAGAUCUGGGCCCAGUGCCCCCAGAGGGACUGGGGGAUUACAAUCGAGCAGUCAGUAAGCUGAGUGCCGCUUUGAGCUCUCUGCAACGGGACAUGCAGAGGCUCACAGACCAGCAACAGCGGCUUCUGGCCCCUCCAGAGGCCCCUGGACCUGCCCCACCACCUGCAGCCUGGGUCAUCCCUGGACCCACCACUGGGCCUAAAGCGGCAUCCCCUAGCCCAGCCCGUCGCGCCCCAGCUGCCAGGCGCAGCCCAGGGCCAGGCCCCAACUCAACACCCCGUAGUCCAAAACAUGCAAGGCCGGCAGAGCUGAAGCUUGCACCCCUGACAAGGGUGCUCACACCACCCCAUGAUGUAGACAGCCUCCCUCACCUACGCAAGUUCUCACCCAGCCAGGUGCCUGUACAGACUCGCUCUUCUCUCCUCCUGUCGGAGGGGACACCUCCUGAGGAGCCCACCGCCAAGCCUGCCCUCAUUGAGAUCCCCCUAUCCAGCCUGGGAGAGCCUACUGCUGAUGAGGAGGGAGAUGGGAGCCCCCCCGGGGCUGAGGAUUCCUUAGAGGAAGAGGCAUCUUCUGAGGGAGAGCCCCGGUCUGGGCUUGGAUUCUUUUAUAAGGACGAAGACAAGCCUGAGGAUGAGAUGGCUCAAAAGAGAGCCAGCUUGCUUGAGCGGCAGCAUAGGCGGGCAGAGGAGGCCCGGCGGCGUAAACAGUGGCAGGAGGCUGAGAAGGAACAGAAACGGGAGGCGGCGGCCAGGCUGGCUCAGGAGGAGGUCCUAGGCUUGACCUCUGCAGCCCCAGUAGCCUCUGCUGCUCCAGUGGCCCCCCUGGCUCCUGCUACCAGGGCUGUGGCCCCAGCUGAGGAGGAGGUGGGGCCCCGGCGAGGGGACUUCACGAGGCUUGAGUAUGAGCGCCGGGCACAACUGAAGCUGAUGGAUGACCUUGAUAAGGUGCUACGGCCCCGGGCCUCAGGGACCGGGGGACCAGGGCGGGGCGGGCGCAGGGCCACCCGGCCACGCUCUGGUUGCUGUGAUGACUCGGCCCUGGCACGAAGCCCAGCCCGCGGCCUGCUGGGUUCACGGCUUAGCAAGGUCUAUUCCCAAUCCACACUGUCCCUGUCUACUGUAGCCAAUGAGGCUCCCAAUAACCUUGGUGUGAAGAGGCCCACAUCUCGGGCUCCUUCUCCAUCAGGCCUCACAUCUCCAAGCCGCCUGCCUGGCAGUCGGGAGCGGGACUGGGAGAAUGGAAGCAAUGCUUCCUCCCCAGCAUCAGUGCCUGAGUACACAGGUCCCCGGCUGUACAAAGAACCCAGCGCCAAGUCUAACAAGUUUAUCAUCCACAAUGCCUUGUCACACUGCUGCCUGGCAGGCAAGGUGAACGAGCCCCAGAAGAACCGAAUUCUGGAGGAAAUCGAGAAGAGCAAGGCCAACCACUUCCUGAUCCUCUUCCGGGACUCAAGCUGCCAGUUUCGGGCACUCUACACUCUUUCUGGGGAGACAGAGGAGCUGUCAAGGCUGGCAGGCUACGGACCUCGCACUGUUACUCCAGCCAUGGUCGAAGGCAUCUAUAAGUACAAUUCAGACCGCAAACGCUUCACCCAGAUCCCCGCCAAAACCAUGUCCAUGAGUGUGGAUGCCUUCACUAUCCAGGGACACCUUUGGCAAAGCAAGAAGCCCACCACGCCCAAGAAGGGUGGUGGCACCCCCAAAUAGUGCCACCUUGGGCGAUGCACAGGCUGGGUCUGUUGUGUUUGGGCCGGUGUGCUCUUGGAGGACAGUGCAUUAUUUCUGGAUCCUGUCUGGUCAUGCUGUGGGGGGCUGAGCUGGGAGCUUCAGGAACUCAGGGCUCAGCUCGGUCCCCUUGUCUGUCCUCCACUUUCUUGAAUAAAAUAAUUGAAAA